AGAGCAGGAUGGGUGUUGUAGGACAAUCUAGGACUGCAUUUGGAGCUAUGCUCUUCUUGGGGUUUCUUGGUCUCCUGUUUUUGGUUAUGGGAGCUCAGGGUAGUGUUUUUUCUGACCCCAGUCUGCUGGCUUGUGGUCAAGAAACCAUGCAGCUCACCUUAUCUUUAGGCUGGCAAGGGAAUACUACCUUUGUGUUGAUUGCUUGGGAUGUUGAGGGGAAGGCACAUGCUUUGCAGAAUGACUCAGAGUGUGGGCUCUUGGUAUUUGGGACUUUAGAUGGCUCCCAGACAGUAAUGAUCUCCUACGCUGGCUGUUAUGUCUUUGAAUGGGAUGGCCAUUAUCUCAUGCUGGUCGGGCUUGAAGGAAGUGAUGCUGCUGGACAAAAAGUUCUUCAUGAAGAGAAGCUGCUCAGGUGCCCUGUGGACCUUCCUGCCCUGGAUGCUCCAAGCAGCAGUGUCUGCUCUGCUAUACUCAGCCAAGACCGACUGCUGUGUGCCUCCUUGCCUAUCAACCAAGGAGACUGUGAAGUGCGAGGCUGCUGCUAUGACCCUAGGGAUAGGGUGAUGCCUUGUUACUUUGGUAACAAAGGAACAGCCUUCACCACAGGGCACUGGCCACAGGCACUGCAGACCUACUCUGCAGUGGAGCAGCAGAUGUAG